AUGAUCAUUUAUCUUCAGCAGGGCGUCCUGCCUAUUGAUCCGGAAGAAGCCAGAUUGAUCAGGAAAAGAGCUCAUGUAUAUACCUUGAUCGAGGACCAGCUGUACAAGCGAGCAUUCUCCAGAUCGCUGCUCAAAUGCUUAGGAACAGAGGAGGCGAAGUAUGCUUUGCAAGAAGUAUAUCAGGGGUGCUGCGGUAACCACGUUGGAGGAAGGAUGCUGGCUCGAAAAGUAUUACUAGUCGGGUAUUUCUGGCCCACUCUGCAAAAAGAUGCUCAGCAACAGCUGGUCUCAGAUAAUGGAAGGCAGUUCCAAAGGCGCAAGAUACAAGAGUGGUGUCGAGGAUUUGGAAUAACACAAGCCUUCACGUUCGUGGCUUAUCCUCAAAGUAAUGGGCAGACGAAGGUCACUAACAGAGAGAUAGUUCAGGGGUUGAAGGUUAAGUUGGAUCACAUAGGUGGCGAUUGGGUGGAAGAGCUGGCUAGCAUCCUCUGGGCAUACCAUACGACUCCACGAGAGAGCACCGUCUCACCCCCCUUUCACUUGGUCUAUGGUAGUGAGGCAGUUGUUCCCAUAGAAGUCGGGGUGCCAUCCAUCAGAAGGUUGUUGUAUGACGAGGAGAAUGCCGAACGACGAUUUUCGAAAUUGGAUUUUAUCAGUGAAACUCGAGAAUGA